AUGUCAGGCAGAGCACUGACGGCACUGGGGACGCUGAUGUCGGCGCCCAGUGAUCGGGUGAAGAUGGUGGACAUGCACCCGAAGGAGCCGUUGUUCCUCUGCUCGCUGUACUCUGGCGUGAUCAACCUGUGGAACCUCGAGACGCAGGUGAUGCUCAGGUCGUUCGACACGGGCACAGGGUUGCCGGUGCGGUGUGUGCGGUUCAUUCCGCGACUUCAGUCCUUCGUCUGCGGCACGGAUGACAUGAUGCUUCGCGUCUUCAACUACAACACAAUGGAGAAGACGAAGACGUUUCAGGCGCACGACGACUACAUCCGCGGCAUUGCGGUGCAUGAGCAGCUGCCGAUUAUCUUAACCUCCUCGGAUGACAUGACGAUCCGGCAGUGGGACUGGAGCAAAAACUGGGCGCAUGUAAGCACCCACGAAGGCCACUUGCAUUACGUCAUGGGCGUCGUGUUCAACCCCAAGGACCCCUCCACCUUUGCCACAGCCUCGCUAGACUGUACCGUAAAGGUGUGGAGCAUCAACAGCCCGGUGCCAAAUUUUCAGCUUGAGGGGCACGAAGAUGGCGUGAACUGCGUUGACUACUACCCCGGCGGUGACAAGCCCUACCUACUUAGCGGCGCGGAUGAUCAAACCGUGCGGUUGUGGGACUAUCAGACAAAGGCCUGUCUACAGGUAUUUUCUUACCACACAGCAAAUGUUACUGCAGUCCUGUUUCACCCAAGUCAACCUGUGCUCUUUACAUUAGCGGAGGAUAUGGAGAUGAAGAUUAUCGCAACGGAGACCCACCGCCUUCUUCUCAGUGUUGACCAUUCUCGCAUGAAUCGGGGCUGGUCAAUGGCGGCAAGACGCCACACGAACGUUUUGGUGGUUGGAUACGACGGCGGGACGGUGGUAUACAAGGUGGGCGAGGACAAACCCGUGUACUCUAUGGACCCCGCCGGAAAAAUUCUCGUGGCCGUCGGAAGUGAGGUGACGCGUAUUGAUGCAAAAGGUAUUUCAGCCGAUGUGGCCGAUGGUGAUGUGCUUUUGCUACCGACAAAGGACAUGGGCGCGCUCGAGACCUCGCCCUCUGCGAUUCUGCAUGGCCCUAGUGGACAAUUUAUUGCCGUGAUUGGAGAUAAUGACUACACGAUUCUUUCCUCGCUCUCCAUGCGGCCCAAAACUUACGGCAGGUGUGCCUCUUUUGUGUGGGGUCCUGAGAAUGGCUCCUACGCCGUGUUGGAGAGUUCAAUGACGUUGAAGAUUUAUAAAAAUUUUAAGGAGCGUGCAACAAUCACCCUCAAUGAAUCUUCAGAGAGGUUGUUCAGUGGUCCGCUUUUGGGGGUUUGCACGGCAUCCAGUGUCACGUUCUACGACUGGGCAACACUGAAUCUCAUUCGCCAGAUCGACGAGUGUCCGAAGAUGGUGCAGUGGAGCGAGAGUGGGGAGCUGCUGGCAAUAGUCUCUGACACCGCCUUCUUUACGCUGCGAUUCAGCAGUGAGGCGGUGAUGGAGUACCUUGAGACGCAGGAGAGCACCCCAGAGGAGGGGCUUGACUUUGCCUUUGACGUUGUAGAGGAGGUUGGCGAGAGUGUGAAGGAGGUGCUCUGGGUUGGCGAUUGCCUUGUGUUUGUCAACCAGGCGCAUCGACUGAACUACUACAUUGGCGGAGAGACAAACAGCAUUGCGGUGCUGUCGCGGAACCAGUACCUCCUUGGAUACCUGACAAGGGAAAACCGGAUUUUAUGCAUUGACAAGGAAAAGAACAUCACAAGCUACUUGCUUCGCCUGAGCUUCAUUGAAUACAUGGCGGCGAUCGUCCGCGAGGACUUUGCGGCCGCUGAGAAACUGCUUCCUUCCAUUGCAGCGAGCGAGCGACUGCGGUUAGCACAGUUCCUGCAAGCAAAGAACUAUCUUGAGCUGGCGCUGGAAGUCACCACUGACGAGGACCAUCGCUUCGAUCUGGCGGUGCAGCUGGGAAGGCUUGCCUUGGCAAGGGAGAUAGCGGAGCGGUCCCCGUCCAUGGUGCGUUGGAAGCAGGUGGCGGACCUGGCCCUUGAGAAGGGCAUGCUCGAGCUAGCAGAGGAGGCGCUGCGCAACUGCGGCGACAGCAACGGCCUCCUGUUGCUCUACUCCUGCAAGGGGGACAUGGACGCUACGUCAAAGCUGGGAGACGCGUGUGUGGCGAACGGAAAGGCAAAUGUCGCCUUCACAUGCUUCCACCUAACAGGGCGCUACGCGGAUAACGUGGACUUGCUUUGUCGCACCGGGAAGGUCGCCGAGGCCGCCUUCUACGCCCGCACCUACUGCCACAGCAAGGUGGAAGAGGUCGUCACGAGGUGGAAGGUCGCAGUCGCCUCGCUGCCGCGCGUGCGUGAGGCCAUUGCCAGCCCAACGGCGUAUCCGAACCUCUUCCCAAAUAUGCGGAGCCUACCGGCGUCAGCACCGCAACUUGAGGAGCAAACCCCGCAGCGAAACACAGACAGCGAACCUUUGGGGCAACAGCCAACCGGAACUAUUCAGGAGGAGGGUGCAGGCGCUGCUGGCUUUGAGUCCCCGCAGCCGUCCAAGUCCGCCACGAUUUCGUGCGGCGAUGCUUCGGGGCUGCCUGCCGACCUACAUCACUUGGCGUCUGCCGCGGCUAUGUAUUCGCCCGGCAACACGCCAGCCGCGCCGCCCCCUUCGCUGGCUAGAGAAGCAGAGGGAGAUGCAACGCCGGCUGCUACGGCCUUCGUCGACGAGGGCAAUACCGACGCCGAGGAGUGGGCUUAA